AUGUAUUCAUUAUAAGUUUCUCUGUAGAGUGGCUAAUGUUUUGACGGGUUAUCUUGGAGGAUUAAAUGAGGACUUGAUAAAAGAUAAUUUCAUAAUUGUCUAUGAGCUUUUGGAUGAAAUGAUGGACAAUGGUUUUCCUCUGACAACAGAACCAAACAUAUUGAGGGAGAUGAUAGCCCCGCCAAAUAUUGUUAGCAAAGUUCUGAGUGUUGUCACUGGUAAAAGUUCAAAUGUUAGCAAUAUACUUCCAGAUUCAACUGCUUCAUCUGUUCCAUGGCGAAGGUCUGACCUAAAGAGUUCAAGUACUGAAGUUUAUGUUGAUCUCAUCGAGGAAUUGGAUGCAAUUCUGAGCAGAGAAGGGGUUCUGUCCAAAUGCGAAGUGUAUGGCGAAGUUCACGUUAAUUCACACCUGCCUGGUUUUCCUGACCUGACACUAUCCUUCGCAAAUCCCAACAUAUUAAAUGACGUGAGAUUUCAUCCCUGCGUUCGGUUUCGGCCAUGGGAAGGCCAACAAAUCCUUUCCUUUGUACCUCCAGAUGGAGAAUUCAAACUAGCAAGCUACAGGGUCAAAAAGCUCAAGAACUUACCUAUCUAUGUGAAACCUCAACUUGCCUCAAAUUCUGGUAAUUGCCGCGUUAAUUUGUUGGUGGGUGUGCGCAAUGAUCCUGGUAAAGUUAUUGAGGACAUAACAGUACAGUUUCAGCUUCCUUCUUGCGUGGAUUCUGUGGAUGUUUCCUCAAACCAUGGAACAGUAAAUGUUCUUGCUAACAAGAACUGCUUGUGGUCCAUUGGGAGAAUUCCAAAGGAUAGAUCGCCGUCACUUUCUGGCAAUCUUGUGCUUGAACCGGGCCUGGACCGGUUGCACGUGUUUCCUGUUUUCCGUGUGGGAUUCAGAAUUGUUGGGAUCGCUCUCUCUGGCUUGCAGAUAAAUAAGCUGGACAUAAAGAACACCACAGCUCGUCUACACAAGGGUUUCAGAGCUGUCACUAGAGCAGGAGAAUAUGAGGUGAGAUCCUGAUCA